GUUUAUUAAGUAGGGGCGUCGCUGCCUCCCAUGCCCACAGCGUUAUUCAUCGCACCGGCAGCCCCUUGUGCCAUGUUCCUCAUUUGAUCCCCCAGUCUGCACUCACUCGAUUCCUCAAGGCAAAGUGUAGAGAGAAUUCACAGAUGGAUAAACGACUGCAAAAUGAAUAGAACAGAUGCUUCGUUCAUCGUCUCAUCCUUCUUCGGCUGCACACAAAAAGAGGAAGAGUAGAACCAACUGCAGUCUGCGAAUGACGGUGGUCUUUAACUUUCACGCACAGAGGCCUUGCAUGUCUGUGCUCUCACCUGAGCUUGGCCUGCGGCUUGCCCCAGCUGAUCCAUUUCCCCUCGGUUGCUUCCUCGAUCUGGCUAUCGAAUCACACUCAGAUGCAACGAUGCGUGGAGGAGGACCGCAGACCGGUGUUUAUAGAGCGGCGAAUCCACUUCCGGCGUCGGCGGUUGCGGGAACAGGCGAAGGAGGAGUGUACACGCGCCAUGCAUGCGUGCAUGGGGGUCGCCGAGGCAUUUGACGAGGCUCACCCUCGGCUGACGAUGAUCUGCUUCAUCAUAGGAGAAAGAAACUGUUGCUCCUCUCACCGCCUGUCAUCUGUUGAGACCAUGGCCUACCGAUGAUCAUGUUCAAGGCGUGGUGUUCUUGAUCAGAUUCAAUUAUCCGGAUGCAGCUUGACUUCCAUCUCUGGGCAAUCGUAAUUGCAACUCGCAAUAGAACCCCUGACGAAUAUACUGUACAUCUCAGAUGAUCAACAAAUCAUAUAAAGAUUCUGCCAUUCGAUCUUUCAGCUUUCAUAAGUUGGGACCGGACUCCUGGGGAUGACGCGCAUUUCGAUGCAGGAUCUGUAGUUCCGUAUGUUCCUGAUGCAGUAACAGAGUCCCCUGUAGUUCCGUAUGUUCCUCUCCCGUGACCUCUUCGAGUCUUCCCUGCAAAGGUCAGAAAAGCUGAAGCAGAUGGGGAAUCUCACAGUGUGAUUUGUGCUCUGAUGUGAAGGAUAUGUUCUUGGUUCUUUGCUCACCACUUCACAACAAUCAUGUCCAUCAUUUCCCUAAUGCAAUAGAUGUGACUCUACCUAAAUCGGAUGCGGCCACGACGAUUGACGCGUGAUGGAUCACACAUCACGUACUUGGCUGGACAUGGCUUCCAUGCGCCCACUGGUAGUAAUCUGGCGGCACUCUGCAUAAAAAGGAGGGGAAGAAGACACGCAGCACCACCAAAACCAGUUCCAAGAAGAGGACCAGGAGAACAGAAAGAAACAGUAUGCAGUGAGACAAGGAAACAGAGCAAGAUUUGGCAGUUGACGCAUCUGAGUACUCUCGAGGAGAAGACUGGUGAUUCGAUUCAACAUGAAGAAAACUGUCUUGAUUGGACGACUGAUACGUAUUUCUUGUCCUCUACUUUCUUUCGGUGGAAAUGCAAUGUGUUUGAUUUGAUCGAGACACUGAACAUGAAUUCAAUUUACUACAUUUUUGCAUGACAGAAUGACUACUUUUCGUUUAAGGUUAGAAACUUGCACCUACUAGAACUCCAUGAACCAUCACAAUGCACUUUAUGUGUUUGAUGAAAUUGCUGUACGCCAUGUUGUAGUUUGAUGUUCUACGUCCAUAUACAAGCUGAACUAUAUCGAUCUCUCAACUUGUAGAAUUAUGCUUUAUUUUGGACCGAAUUCUGAUUGCUCUCAACUUGAGUCAUUGCCUAACCCAACAUACCCUGCAACUUAGCUUCCCUGCAUCUCUAUUUUUUCCUCAUCACUGUGACCAACACUCAUCCAUGUUAUGAUAUGCUUUUCCUCCAAAAGAUAGCAACAUGUUCCUAACUCGAGCUGUAGCAUGGCAUUUCACUUGGAGAUGGCAUGAUCCCUGGCUUGUCUCGGUUUGCCUACUGGUAUUUAUUUUAUAGAACAUGACACUAAAAAUUCACUGCUUGAUCAAUUUAUUGCAAUAUCGAAUAUAUAUGUAAAUCGAAAAGUAAAGAUCAUACAAAAUCUCAGUGACUAUAGGCACCACCUGAAACUAAUAAUGCAGCACCUGUAUGAUCAUAAUGUGGGGCCUCAAUGCCUAAGAAUAGAGUUCAUAUUUAAUCGAUGUCGGCUAUGUGCCCACUAGAUUGGGCGACAUCACAGUGUUCUAUCCUUUCACGAAUAUGAUCUUCUGAUGCUGUAAACACUGGUUGGAUUCACCUUCCAUUUUUUUUUUCCUUUUUCAUGCUCAGCAUUUCUUCCUUGAGCCAAAGGAGUGGUACUCUUACUCACAGCAUUUGGUCAGAGCUGCUUCCGGAGACACCUUGGCUGAGAUGGUUGUUGCAGAGAGAAGUGGUGGAAGGGAAGACAAAGGAGUUGAGGGAAGAAUGGGGAUGGGUCCUAAAAAGCCUGCAGUAAAGGAUCUGCGAAGAAAUUGGUUGUGCCUUACCAUUAGGCAGCAGGCUAAUGCACUUCAUAUGCAUAAGGGAGCUCUAUGUCAUAGAGCAUUGAACCUUGAAUCAUAAUCUCGCACUAAAUGGAAGGAUUAUUAUGAAAGAGUUGCAGAGUAAUGCCUAUAUCCAGUAUUAUGUAACGAGAAGCACAAAUGAUCCAAGUCUUGGCAUAACAUGGGUUCUGGUAAUGAGACUAGAGAUGAGAAUUAGGUAUUGCUGAACCAAGUUUUAUAUCAAUAGGCUCCUGCUGGUUGUGUUUAAGCACUCUGCAAUUUUUAAGCUUCCUGUUAGAUGGAGAAAGAUAUUCUGAAUUCUGGCUUAUCAAUGACAGAUCAUAAUCAUGUUUCGAUGGACACAAUCGCAUCACUCUUUUUUUCAGGCUCAACAAGUCAGCCAGGUAUCAAAGAUCAAAACUUCCAUGAACAGAGAAUGAGUGGCAAUACUUUGUUUCCAUCACUGCAGGAAGAAAGCCAGAACAAUGUUUCUCCAGCAUACUAUGGUGGUUUUUUGACACCGGUUGGAUAUGCUACCAUUGAUGACUAUGUGGGGAAGAACGAACUUGAGGAGCAAACUGAAGUGCCUCUGCUAUCAUCUAUGCCACUUCAGUACAAUGUGGCUGACACAAAUGGCUUAGAGGAAGAUUUUUUGACUGUCAAUCUCUCUUCCUCUGCAUCAUUUCCAUUGCAAGAGAUGAAAAUUUCUAUGCCCAGAAACAAUUUCAACGUUUUGGCCAUGCAAAAUGUUACUGAAGUUCUAGCAUCCAAAACUGGCGGUAGCUUGAAUAAGCAAUUUGACUAUGUAAGGUAUUCUGAUGAAACUCUUAAACAUCAGGUUCCUUCUUCUACAACAAGCAUAGUUCAUCCUUCUUGUUAUAUCAAGGAAUUCUCAAAGCCUGAGUUGUGUUCGGAUAUACUUACUCCAAAAUUUCUUAGUUACUACACUCCCUCUAAUGAAUUGUCUCUUAGUCUUGGCUCCUCCAGACCUUCUAUGAGCAAAAUGCUAGAUAUCUCUGACCAGUUCUCAGAAAUUAAUUGCUCUGGAAUAGAUCAGGUGCCACCAAAGAACAGUAGAUACUGUUCUGAUGAGUUAGGAGAAUACUCUCUUGUCGUCAAUUCUUUGCAUGAUGUGCAGUUGCGAACUGGAACUGAGCUAGGAAAUGAUCAACACUGCCCUGGCAUUCAGGAGUUCUCUGCAUGCAGUGGUCCUGUUAAUCUGUAUGGGAUACUGACAUCAAGAUAUUUUAGUGUGACUCAACAAAUACUCUCUGAGGUUUCGAGCUAUAUCCAGUUAGAUGAAUCACUGAGUGGGAUUUCUUUCUCCUCUAGUUGCUCCAGUGAAAGAGGACUUGUCAUUACAAGAUCCAUGGAUUUCCAGUCUUCAUUUGGAGACAUUGAUUCCCAGGACCAUGUCGAAAAAUUGCAAGCCCUUGAAACUACCAGGGAGAAGUCUCAGCUGCUGACUAUGCUUCAAUUGGUUGACCUCAAGUAUAAGCAGUGCUUAGAAGAAGUAAACGGUGUGAUAUCUCUAUAUGAUGAUGCAACCAAAUCUGCUGUUCCUCAAUUCUCUUCUGGCUUUGCCCUUCACACAAUCAGCAUGCUCUAUAAGAACCUGAGGGAAAGAAUCACUCGCAGCAUCCUCUUGGUGAAUCAACAAAGCGAGCGCAAGGAAGGACGAGUGAGAGCCAUCGAGUCUUCUUUUCUCCAGAGACACUGGGCUCUACAGCAGGUAAGAAGGAAUGAUUGGAGACCUAAAAGAGGAUUGCCUGAAAAAUCUGUCUCGGUCUUGCGGGCAUGGAUGUUCCAAAACUUCACUCACCCGUACCCCAGUGACGGAGAGAAAAAUUUACUUGCACUAAGAAGUGGAUUGACGAGGAGCCAGGUCUCCAACUGGUUCAUAAAUGCAAGGGUUCGCUUGUGGAAGCCAAUGAUCGAGGAGAUGUACUUGGAACUCGGUAAAAGGAACGGAGGAGAAGAUGGUGCAGAGGAAGAGUGCAGAAGCCAUGAGACCACUAAAGUCAGAGAAUCCAGUUGAGCUUGAUCAAUUUUUUGUUGACCAUGUAGAACAAAUCCAGUUGUUCUAUCUGUAGCUUUUAGUUGGAUCAGGGUUCUCCAUUACUAUCUAUACUGAUAAGGUCUUGAAUCACUCAGACCUCUCUAACUGUGGCUAUCAUGCUAGCCUGAAAUUAGAGCUUUAGAUUGA